CUUACACACACGCAUCUAAUCCUUGCAUGCAUCGACCAAAAAUUGGUUCUUGAACAAAGAAUACAGCUGCAUGGAUCGAUCAUGUGUCAGACCAAUCCAAUAUACAGCCCCAUACUUCAAAAAUGGAUAGAGGAGCCCAGUCGCUUUCUCUUUGAUGCAGCUCACUUCUCCUGCCUCUUCGAACUCAACGGCACACUUGCUGUCGGUCAGCUGACCGAUCGACAGCAAGUUAACCGUGAGCUGAGGAACCAGAAGAGAAUGAAGCAACUGGAUGGUCUUCAGGCUCCCCGAUGCAGUGCACAGAGUGACUUGGACCACCCCCUCUGCCUUGAUGGGCACCAGAGUGCCAUCUGCUAGCUUGAGCACUCCUGGGCGGCCACUCACUGUGCACUCGUUCAACCUGAUGAAAGGAUCAGACACACGGAACAUGUGUUUUGUGGUUCCUGAGUCAAGCAUGGCAGCCUCGCUAUCAAGAACUGCCCCAGCCACAUUCAGCUUCCAUAUAGCUGUGUGGCAUUGCUCAACCUCUUGAACCACAUCAGAGGUUGUGGACGAGCGGAUAUCCACGACCACGUCAGAGUGGCCAGCUCUGAUGAAUCGUGGUGUCCGCGCACACUCAGCACCUCUCCAUUUCUCCUCCAGCACAUCUAAGUGCACUACACGUGCUUUGUGCGCUGGGGCAGCUCCAGCCUCACACAGACAGGACAAGUCAGUCGUACUGCCGCCUGCCUGUGGUGGUUCUGAGGCCGACUGACUCCACUCAUCUAUCGCUUCGCUAUCUUCCUGGCUUGUACGUACCUGUUUGCCCUUGCCGCCACGUCGUCUUCGUCUCUUGCUUUUGCCUCCUCUGGCGGCCUGGCUGAAGGUCACCAUCUUAGGCGACGUCUCAUGCAUCCGCACAUCACCAUCCUUGUCUCUUGCUGACUCUCGGGCGAUACGAGCGAGCACACGGCAUUGCUCGGUGGUGUGGUUGAACAGCGGACGGAUCGGCCGCUGCGAACAGAGUUGACAGUACAGCUGCUGGCGCUGCUCUUGAGCCGCACCAGCCACCGGCAAUGUGUGCACUGUCGAUGACCCAACCGAGCUAGGCGAGCGAGACAAUAUGUUGCGCAGAUCCGAUGUGUCGGUUUGUCGCGUCAGCGUACCGUCACCCAAGUGUGCGAUGACGAGCGACGACGACUGUUUCAUCCGCGCAUAGUUGAACUUGCCGCCACUGAUAAACACACGAACCAACUCACGACAGAAGGGAUUAUCUAUGUGGCGCUUGAGGUCCUGCAGCAUCCUUUGUGCUGUGUCCUCUCUGUCGUAUUUUUUGUGACCGUGUGCUUGAUUUGCAGUUUCUGCGAGUCUCUCCAAGUGGCCGAGGUUGUCGGGGAACCCCUGCCUCUCAUCAUAACUCCACGAGUUGAGACUCGCAUCUGCCUCCACACGUCUUUGCUCAAUGCUCGCCUCGUAUCUGGAACGCAGAGCCAACAGAGACAGGUAUCCAUCACUUUCCUUGCCAGCACUCACGACCGUUGCCUGACAGUCCUGGUGUUUCGUGGCCUCGAACAACCCUCUCCACAACACCCACUUCUCCUUCUCGAGGUUGUACUUCUGCCACUCGCCGAGGUCGUCGACGACUAGUCCGUGGUGGAGGACGUCAUCGAGCGACUCGUGGAAGUACUUCUUCAUGCCGUCGAGACCGGAGAAGGUCGACUUGAACCCAUGGUACCAGAUCUCGUAGUCCUUGGUGUUGCCGCUGAAGGGAGGUGGAUGGGUAGCGAGCGAUUCAGCCACCUUCUGCCAGUCGCUGUCGUGAGGCUCGGUGUCGAGCAGGUAGUGAAGAUCAGGCUCCAUGACUGACACGGUGUCUCGUCACGGGAAGCACGUCAGACGACUCAACACACCUUCCGGUGGGCUCAUAUAACCAGUUGGAGAUCACAGCGUAGCUGAGGUUGCGAGUAGAAGUGUGAGGAAGCCAAAUCGGAGCAUUCAGAGAC